AUGGCCGACGCUCUCAAGGCUGAGGGCAACAAAGCAUUUGCGGCCAAAGACUUCACGACUGCGGUCGAAAAAUUCUCCCAAGCCAUUGAACUAGAUCCCACAAACCACGUCCUCUAUUCCAACCGCUCCGGCGCAUACGCUUCCAUUAAAGAGUACACCAAAGCCCUCGAGGAUGCCAACAAGACUACAGAGCUCAAGCCUGACUGGGCAAAAGGAUGGGGUCGGAAAGGAGCUGCUCAACAUGGUCUGGGUGACCUGGUCGGUGCAAAGGAUGCAUUUGAAGAGGCGCUGAAGCUCGAGCCUUCAAACGCCCAAGCCCGGCAAGGCCUGGAGGCUGUCAACAGAGCCAUUGAGGCGGAAGCACGUGCGGACGGUGCUGAUUUGGGUGGUCUGGGAAACAUGUUCAAUGAUCCUCAACUCAUCCAGAAGCUCGCAAGCAAUCCAAAGACGUCCAAAUACCUUGCAGAUCCUCAAUUCAUGGCCAAGUUGCAGCGACUGGCCACGAACCCUCAAGAGAUGGGCCAGGAACUCGCAGAUCCGAGAUUCCUCGAGGUCAUGGGCGUGCUGUUGGGUGUCGACAUGCAGAUGGGGAUGCCACCGGAAGGAGGUCCCUCUGGCGCUGAAAGAGCCACAGAAGAGGAGGAUGUCCCCAUGCCGGAUGCUCGCCCUCGGUCCAAUCCACCGCCUCAACCCGAGAAGAAGGCACCCGAACCGGAACUAGAGCCCGAGCCUGAAGACGAAGAUGCCAUCGCUGCGAAGAAGGCUAAAGAAGAAGCCGAGAACGAAAAGAAACUUGGGACAGAAGAUUACAAGAAACGAAAAUUCGACCAAGCCAUUGAACACUACUCCAAGGCCUGGGAUCUGCACAAGGACAUCACCUACAUGACCAACCUCGGCGCCGCCAAAUUCGAAAAGGGCGACUAUCAGGGAUGCAUUGAAGCUUGCGAGAAGGCCGUGGAGGAAGGCCGUUCCAUGCUCGCCGACUUCAAGAUCAUUGCCAAAGCGUUUGGCCGAAUCGGAUCUGCUUAUGAGAAAAUGGGUGACUUACCACAAGCCAUUACCAACUACCAAAAAUCUCUCACCGAACACCGCACGGCCGACAUCUUAGCGAAGCUCAAGGCCGCCGAGAGAGCACAGAUCAAAGCUGAAAAGGACGCAUACAUCGACCCAGAAAAGGCAGAAGAAGCCCGCCUUUUGGGAGCCGAAAAGUUCAAAGAGGGAGACUGGCCCGGCGCCGUCGAAGCCUACACCGAGCUUACCAAGCGAGCGCCAGACGACCCACGAGGCUACUCCAAUCGCGCGGCCGCACUCAUCAAACUUCUUGCCUUCCCGACCGCCAUCCAAGACUGUGACGAGGCCAUUAAGCGGGAUCCGAAAUUCAUAAAAGCAUACCUCCGCAAAGCCCAAGCGUUAUUCGGCAUGAAGGAAUACAACAAGUGUUUGGAUGUGUGUACGGAGGCCAUGGAGCAUGAUGAAGGCGGUAAGAACGCCAGAGAGAUUGAACAGCAGCAAGCCAAGGCCUUGGAAGCAAUGUAUGCUGCUCGACAAGGGGAGACGGAAGAGGAGACCAGUGCGAGAAUCCAGAAAGACCCUGAAAUCAUGCAAAUCCUCUCCGACCCGGUCCUGCAAUCGAUCCUGCAACAAGCUAAAUCCGACCCGGCGGCAUUAAACGAACACAUGAAGAAUCCAGGAAUCCGGUCGAAGAUCCAGAAGUUGAUUGCUGCAGGUGUUAUCCGCGUGGGACGGUAG